CUCCCCCCUGGGCAGAAGCCAAAUUCUUGUGCCAAAACUCUUUGUUUUCCAGAGCUUAAAGCUUGGUUGUUGUCAUUUCGGGGAGGUGUCCGGCACUUCCUUUGUAUUUGCCAUAGCUAUGGAGGUCCUCACCAAGCACCGCACUCUCCUGCUCUGGGCGGCAGGACUGGGGGCGUCUGCGGCCGUCACCUGGUUCUUACGAUCUAGAAGGAAAAAGAAAAGGCAGCUGAGGAGGGUGGGGGAGGUGACCCAGCUGUUCUUGUAUCCUGUCAAGUCGUGUAGAGGAAUCCCCCUCGAAGAAGCUGAGUGUAGAGAGUAUGGACUGAGAAAUGGCCACCUCAGAGACAGGCACUGGCUUGUUGUUAAGGAGGACAAAGUUCAAGUUACAGCGCGACAAGAGCCACGAAUGGUGUUGAUAAGGGCAACCUGUGACAACGACUACUUAACCCUCAAUGCCCCGGAAAUGGAAGAUCUCAAGAUCCCACUGAAGCUUCCAGAAAUAAAUGAAGUUCUUUCAUGCAAGGUUUUUGGCAAUGAGGUUCAGGGCAGAGAUUGUGGGGAUGAAGCCUCGGACUGGAUCACCGGCUUCUUACAGAGCGUUCAGACUUAUCGGAUUGUUUACUUUGAAGAUAAAAUGAAGCCCAGGAAUCCAAGGAAUGAGUAUCCGCUGUAUAGUGAAGAUGAUCAGGUGGCGUAUCCUGAUCUGGCGCCUCUUCUGCUGCUCUCCGAAGCUUCGGUGAAGAAUCUAAACCUCAAACUGGAAAAGAAAGUGUCCACGAGAAAUUUCCGUCCUAAUAUCGUGGUUUCUGGAUGUGACGCUUUUGCUGAGGACACCUGGGAGGAAAUACAGAUUGGCCGACAGGUGACUCUGAAACGCGUCAUGCCAUGUCCCAGAUGCAUCCUGACCACUGUGGAUCCCGAUACCGGAAUAAUAAACAUGAAGGAACCGCUGGAGACGCUGCGCAGCUAUCGUCUCUGUGACGAGGAGGACAAAGAAGUCUAUAAAUCGUCUCCAUUGUUUGGUCAGUUCAUGAAGGUGCUGAAGACGGGCAAAGUAAGAGUCGGGGAUCCGGUGUACCACAUCACAUACCAAGUGUCUUUCCCAGCAGCCAAUAUGAAAGCGACAUUCAUGAAAUAAAAUUCUGUGUUCUGAAUCAACCAAUCACAGACUGUUAUUAUUAUUACCAUUAGAGAU